AUGCAUCCAUGUAAUAUCAUUAAAAGAGCAAUAAACUGCGAAUCCAAUCGAAUGGUAUUUAAGACCGAAGGAAAUUGCGUUGAAAUUGCAGCAGAUGAGUUCAAAGUGUCAGAUAGUGUCAGUAUGAAGUGUUCCAAUCUGUUUUAUGGGUGUUAUUCAUGUGACUACAAACAACUCAAUUUGACAAUUGACGUUGACAAUUUGGAGUGCUCUGCUUGUCAAAGUGGCAUGGCGUUUGAGAGGGAUACAGAAUCGAGUGUACUACAAGUUGUUCGACUUGUACAACAAGAACAAAUAAUCAACACACAAAAUCAUUUGAGUAUAGGGCUCAUUUAG